AUGGAAGUGUCUUGGAAAUCAAGGGAAUGGAAUGUGAGAAAAUCAACAUUUGAUUCAGUGAAAGAAAUCCCACUUUCAUUGAGAAGAAGGUAUUUUAGAAGGAUGAAAAAGAACAGACCAUCAAGAGGCUCUGAAGACCAUGAAGAGCAGCAUGAUCAAAUGAUCACAUUUCCCUGUUCCAUAUGCAAGCAUGAAAUUGAUCUACCUGAAAUUUUCCUCCAUAAAAAGCUGCACGUGGCCCUGGCCACCCUAGGGUUUCAAUGGAUGGGUGGAAAGAAACCCGCGCUCCCACUGAUUUCCAUCCAGAGACAGUUUAUAAUCACUAAACUAUUGUCAUUUUCUAUAUUCACUGAAAAAAUCCUACAGAGCAUUAAUAAUGCUUUUGAACUACUUUGGCAGAAACAAAUCCCAGCAUACUAUAAGAUUAUUGAUAACAUUCACAGAAGUUCCAUAUAUUCUCAAAAAAUCUGUCAUGUAUUGAUUAAGGGUGUAGCCGUUUGUGAAGACAGAAAUUCUGCAUGGAAAGCUGACAUGAAUGAUAAAUUCACUGUGGUGAAUAACUUUGGCAAUAAACCUGACGUGUGUUUUUUGGGUUUGUUCGAUGGACAUCAUGGUGCCUCAGCGGCAGACUUGACAUCAAUGGAACUCCCAGUUUUACUUCUCCAUCAACUUUCCAGAUUUGAUCCUUCCUACCAAAUGACUCCUGAAGAGCAAAACGUAAUCAAAUCCUUUCACACAGUAUUUAGGGAGGAAUACAUAGCUAUAGAAGAACUUUUUUCCUCCAUAAAGAAAAAGAGAAAAACGGUGAAAUGUGAGUAUGAGAACAUACACAAAGCGUUUGCAAAAGCAUUUUGGAGAAUGGAUAGACUUUUACGUCUCGGAAGGAAUGAAGUAUCCAGGGUUCGAUGGAGUGGCUGUUCUGCAGUUACUUGUAUAUUGGAAGGCAAUAUUAAAAAACCCUAUGCCAACAAGAAUUGGAAAAUCAAUAAGGGUGAUGACUUGGCAAAGAGUUUCCCUUCCCAGAUGAUGCCACAAAUAAUGUCUGGAGUACUCCAUAUUGCAAACACUGGUAACGUACAAGCAGUCUUAUGCAGAAACGGAAAAGGCUUUUGCAUAACCAAAGAACACACUACGCGAAACAUAACCGAAAGACGACGGCUACUUCAGAACGGAGCAGUGAUUAGUUCAAAUGAACCAUACGGGCUCCUAGAAGGGCAAAUAAAAACCACACGAGGACUUGGAUUUCAUGGAAAUCUCAAACUGAAAAGAUCUAUUAUCCCAGCACCUCAAACUAUCUCGGUCCCUAUAGAUGACUUAUGCCAAUUCCUUAUCUUAGCUACUAAUGGACUCUGGGAAGUUUUGGAUACAAAGGAAGUCACUGCACUGGCAAUGACAAUGUUUCAAGUGUAUAAAGAAACCUACUAUUCUAACACACAAAAUGAAUCUUUACCAUCCAAAGAGGCUUUCCUAAUCUAUGAACCAAGCAAUUCUAUAUCAGAAAGUAAUAUCCAUAUAUUGUUUCAGUAUAAAUCUGAAUCUACAGAAUGUGUGUCAACUAUAAAUUCAAAAGAAAAUUUGUUUGAUUCAACAUGUUUUAACCCUAAAAAUGCACGAACAUUUCCACCAGAAAUGACUAAUCAUGAUCUUUACAGUGAGGAAGAAACUAAUGGACUAACCAGUGUAGAUGAUGUGUCCAAAAAUUCAAGGGAAAAAGAAUCACGCACUAAAAAUUUCUAUGAAGGUGUAGCCAAAUAUAUUAGCCAUGAACUUGUAAGUGCUGCUUUAGUGGCUGGCUCCAGAGACAACAUUACAGUCAUGGUAAUACUUCUCAAGGGAAGUGAGUAUCAGUUUCUGACUGACAAAAGAUAAAGUUUCGAUUAUCCAGAGUACAAAAAUGUAAAGACAAUUCUUCAAAGAACCAGAUAUUAGGACAAUACAUCAAUACCAUGCAAAUAAUUUUUAAGAAUGUAUUAAAGAAACUAUAAAAGC